AUGAAGCUCCCAAAGCCGUGGUGGGCGGGCGGCGGCCUCCUGAACCUCACGCUGCUGCUGAGCUUGGCUAGGCUCCGCGUGGACCUGGACCUCGGCCUGCCGCCCCCGGCCGCCGCACUUUGCGAAGAGCUGCUCCCACUCUGUCCCACCCGCCCCGCCUCGGCUUCUAGCCCCUUCUCGGCCUCGGGAGGCUGGGAACACACCCCUCAGCUGCUUGCCAAGGGCCGGCUACUGCGCGAAGUGCGCGCGCUCGGCGUCCCCUUCAUUCCCCGCACCCGCGUGGACGCGUGGCUAGUGCACAGCGUGGCGACCGGGGACGCAGACGGGGCCCACGGGCUGCUCGGCACCGCCGCCUCGUCUGCCGUGGGAGACGGCGGCCAGGCGGCACCCACGGGCGGCGGGGACUCCCGAGAGGCUCACAGCAGCCCUCUGGCUGCCGAGGAGGAGAAGGCGGCGGAACCGACGGCGCAGGUGCGGGACACAGGCAGACGCGGGAGCCAGGAGAAUGAUAUACUAAAAGAAAACUACGAAGCUGUGGGCCACAGUUCCCAGCAUGAGGAAAGUGAGGAAGAGGCGUCAGCCCACGUGAAAUCACUACAGCCGGGUAGGAAAAAGGAAAAUACAAUGUCAGAUGUACCUGACUGGGAACCAGAGACCAUCCCAGAGUCCAGGAAUGAGAGCCACGUACAUUGGUCCAAUACAUCUUUCUCUCUAGAAGAUUUAUUUCAACUGCUUUCAUCACAGCCUGAACACUCCCUGGAGGGCAUCUCGCUGGAAGACAUUCCACCUUUUCUAAGCAGUGUCAAUGGAAGUGUGAAUUCCUCAGCACAUAACAUAAAUUUGAGCCAUGCUAUAAGCCAUGAUGUCAAUCUUCACGAAGCCAUGCUGUUGCAUCCCAACAACACACUUAGAAGAGAUCCAGCAGCAAAGACUUCACAGUUACAAGAACCAUUUCUACAGUUCAAUUCUCAUACCAAUUCUGAGCAAGCCAUUCCCGCAAUGUCUCUUCCACCUGUUGACAAUCAAUUGAGGAAUGUAACAAGCCAAGAUCUCCUGUAUGACCUCGAUUCAAACUUAUUUGAUGAAAUAAACCUAAUGUCAUUGGCCACAGGUUUUAGUCCAUUGGAAGUUUCUCAUCUCUUUGAUGAUCCGGACUCUGAUUCUGGGCUCUCAAUAAAUUCAGGUUACAACAGCACCUCUAUCACUAGGUCUAAUUCUUCUCCCUGUACCCAUGAUGGUGCUAUAGGCUACAGUAGUGACCUUCAGUCUCUUUGUCACGAUUUAGGUGCUGUAGGAGGCUUCUACCCAGAACCCCAUAAACAUUAUGGUAUGGAUCAUAGGACUGUGCCUGGCCUUCAUCAGGAUCUUGAAUGUCAGCAAGUAUUUCACGACCAUACUUACCACUUACAGCCAGGGGUACCAGAGGCCACAUUUGAAUCUGGGAAGUCACAGAAAAUCACUGGCUGCCUUGACAACCGAGAUAGAAACUUGAGUCGUGAUGAACAACGUGCUAAAGCUCUGCAUAUUCCCUUUUCAGUAGAAGAAAUUGUCCGCAUGCCUGUUGACUCUUUCAACAGCAUGUUAAGCAGGCACUACCUGACAGACUUACAAGUUUCUCUCAUCCGUGAUAUCAGACGAAGAGGAAAAAAUAAAGUUGCUGCUCAGAACUGUCGUAAACGUAAACUAGACAUCAUUUUAAAUCUAGAAGAUGAUGUAUGUAACUUGCAAACAAAGAAGGAAGCCCUCAAGAGUGAGCUGGCUCAAUGUAACAAAGCUAUUGAUAUAAUGAAACAGAAGCUUCAUGACCUCUACCAUGAUGUUUUUAGUAUCCUAAGAGAUGACCAAGGUAGGCCAGUGAAUCCAAACCACUAUGCACUUCAGUACAGCCAUGAUGGAACUGUUUUGAUUGUACCCAAAGAACUGGUCACAUCAGGCCACAAAAAGGAAACCCCAAAGGGAAAGAGAGGGAGGAAAAACUGAACAGACUCCAGUGACCUGCAUCUAACUGUUCAAACUAUUUUAAGAUUUUUUAAACUACUGCUGCUUGAAUCAUUCAGUUAAGGAUACAUGCUUUUACUGACAAUGUUUAAGACAAAGUUAUGCUUCUGUGAAGUUGGGAGAAUCCACAUUUUCAUGGACCACUUAUGCACUAAAUUCCAUAAAUACAUGUCCACAUAAUCUCCAAGAACUUUUAAAACCACCUUUUAGUAACUUGGGUCACUUGGAAGUUUUCAGAUGCUUACAAAACGGAAGUAGCCUUUAGUAUCUUCUGAAGGUGUUUUUCAAUAUUUAACUUGUAAAAGUGUGAAGAUAAAUUUUAUAUUUGAAUUUAUAAAAAUUAUUUCA